UAAAUGUUUCUGCCCCUAUCUAACAGUAGAAAGUUUUAAGCACCUAUGCAGCUGCAGGUGGUCAUACAGACCCAUCUAGCUCAGGAAAUGAAACAGCCAUAGGGCAUAUCUUGAGUGGAGAGUUGGCUUCAAAGCUAUGGUUCUUUGUUAACUACUUUGUGGUCUUCAAUUUAGAACUGAAUAAAAGUAACAUCAGAGAAGAGCAGAAUUAUGUAAUACCAGCUGCAUUACUUCUGAAAGAUGGUCAGAGUCUUUUGUCUUAAAAGCAACUACGUCACAAUAGGUGAUUUUCUCAUAGUUGUGGAGAUUAAAAAGUCUUCAAACCAAGGAAGAAAAAAUGUGGUCAAUUAAGUGAAAGCAUGGACCAUGGAGGAGUUGGACCAUAUGAAAUUGGCAUGGAACAUUGUGAAAAAUUUGAAAUCUCAGAAACUAGUGUGAACAAAGGGCCAGAAAAAAUAAGACCAGAAUGUUUUGAGCUACUUCGAGUACUUGGUAAAGGGGGCUAUGGAAAGGUUUUCCAAGUACGAAAAGUAACAGGAGCAAAUACUGGGAAAAUAUUUGCCAUGAAGGUGCUUAAAAAGGCUAUGAUAGUAAGAAAUGCAAAAGAUACAGCUCAUACAAAAGCAGAACGGAAUAUCCUCGAGGAAGUAAAGCAUCCCUUCAUUGUGGACUUAAUUUAUGCCUUUCAGACUGGUGGAAAACUCUACCUCAUCCUGGAGUAUCUCAGUGGAGGAGAAUUAUUUAUGCAGUUAGAAAGAGAGGGAAUAUUUAUGGAAGAUACAGCUUGCUUUUACUUGGCAGAAAUCUCCAUGGCUUUGGGGCAUUUACAUCAAAAAGGGAUCAUCUACAGGGACCUGAAGCCGGAAAAUAUCAUGCUUAAUCACCAAGGUGGAGAUAACAGUAAACAAUUCUAUAGUCAUGUGAAAUUGACGGACUUUGGACUAUGCAAAGAAUCCAUUCAUGAUGGAACAGUCACACACACGUUCUGUGGAACAAUAGAAUACAUGGCUCCUGAAAUCUUGAUGAGAAGUGGCCAUAAUCGUGCUGUGGACUGGUGGAGUUUGGGGGCAUUAAUGUAUGACAUGCUGACUGGAGCACCCCCAUUUACUGGGGAGAACAGAAAGAAGACCAUUGACAAAAUCCUCAAAUGUAAACUUAAUUUGCCUCCCUACCUCACACAAGAAGCCAGAGAUCUGCUUAAAAAGCUGCUAAAGAGAAAUGCUGCUUCGCGUCUUGGAGCUGGUCCUGGGGAUGCUGGAGAAGUUCAGGCUCAUCCUUUCUUCAGACACAUUAACUGGGAAGAACUUCUGGCUCGGAAGGUGGAGCCCCCCUUUAAACCUCUUUUGCAAUCUGAAGAGGAUGUGAGCCAGUUUGAUUCAAAGUUUACACGUCAGACACCUGUUGACAGCCCAGAUGACUCAACUCUCAGUGAAAGUGCCAACCAGGUCUUUCUGGGUUUUACAUAUGUGGCUCCAUCUGUACUUGAAAGCGUGAAAGAAAAAUUUUCAUUUGAACCAAAAAUCCGAUCACCUCGAAGAUUUAUCGGCAGCCCUCGGACGCCUGUCAGCCCAGUCAAAUUUUCUCCUGGGGAUUUCUGGGGAAGAGGUGCUUCAGCCAGUGCAGCAACUACUCAGACACCUGUGGAUUAUCCCAUGGAAACGAGUGGAAUAGAACAAAUGGAUGUGACGGUGAGUGGAGAAGCAUCAGCACCACUUCCAAUCCGACAGCCUAACUCUGGGCCAUAUAAAAAACAAGCUUUUCCUAUGAUCUCCAAACGGCCAGAACACUUGCGUAUGAAUCUAUGACAGCAACAUUUUCAACAAAUUUCAGGCAAAAAAACAAUGGGACGUGAACAUCCUACAAGCUGAAAAAUAUGAGGGCUCAAAGGGUGACAGCUUCAGAGGGCCAGUGUCAUAUUGCACAGGACAGUUUGGAAAGAGGAAAAACAAACAUGGGUGUUUCUUUUCUUUUUUUUAAAAAUCAAUCAAUGGUGCAAAAAGACUUAAGAAAAAUAGUAUUGCCGAACUUUAGGCACAUCAGUUAACUGAUUCCCAGUGACAUCUUCUCACCUUAUCAAGGAUUUUCAUGUUGAUGGCUUCAAACUGACAGUAUUAAGGGUAGGAUGUUGCCUCAGAAUCACUGUUGUCAUGAUUGUGUCAAGAAAGGUUAACGCUUUCAUUGGGCAAAGUAUGAAAUACCUAUACUUGCAAAUGAGGACAAAUUAGCAUGCAAGCUUGGUCAAACUUUUUUCCAGCAGCGUGGAAUCAAAGAUAAGAGAUACAAUUUAACAAUUGAUGUUUUACGUGCAAAAACUUAAUGAAUCUUUUUUUUAUAUAAAUAUAUAUUUUUCAAAUAGAUUUUUGAUUCAGCUCAUUAUGGAAAAGCAUCCCAAACUUUAAAAUGCAAAAUGAUUGGUUGGUGUGAAGAAAGCCAGACUACUUCUGUUUCUUCUUUUGGUGAAAGAAUAAAAUGGUAAAUGAAUCAUUGUUAACUACAGCUUUGGCUCGUUGGAAGGAUUGGGGGUGAGCUUAAGGUUUUCUUAGCGCACUAUUCAUAAUCCUAGGAGAAAUGGAUCCAUGCAGCCAUUUCCACUGGCAGUUUUGCUGUGUUCUAAGCUUAACUGGAAACCAUGGGAUAGACAUAAACUCAAUGUCCUAUAUUUCAUCCUUAUCCUCGGCCUGCAUUUCGCUGGAAAAAAAAAUUGCCACCUAGUCUUAUACCAAUAUUUGGUUCAGAACACUAUAUGUGGUCAGUCUGUGGUGCCCUAACAAGAGUCUGGAUAAAAAUAAGGGCAGGCAGAGUCAGGGAAGAUGGGACUGGGGAUACUUCGGGAAUGAGUUUGCUCUCCAGGUUUUAGGUAAUCUCAUUACAGCUAACUGGUAAGAUCUUAAAAUUUUUAUUUCUUUUACUGUGUAUGGUGUUUACCCUCCAUUUCCAUUUUUCCUCAACAGUUUAAAAAGGGUGGAAAAAAGUAUGCUUUUUUCCUGUGUUGGGGCUUAAGCAUUUUCUGAUUGUAAAAGUAUUAGAUGGCCUUUUAAUGAAUGUCUUCCACAGUAAGAGACCUUAGUGGCUUAUUAGGAAACAUGUUACAAAGAUGCUGGUUUUUUAAAUUGUCAUAAAUUCUGUACUUACAGGUACAAAGGAUAAAAAUAAAGGUAACUUUAAUACCUUACUUAAAUAUGUCCUGCCUUAAAGAAAGCAUUUCCAUGAUUUUUAGUUGGUUUCAUGAAAGGGUUAAUAUCAGCAAAGCUUUAUAAGAGUGUGUGCUCAGGUGCAUACUGGUAUAAGAUGAUCCAUGCAACUGCAGUUUUGUCUUGUCACUCUUUUGUCAUGUCUAGUUGUUAGUCCAUGAUUGUGCAAAGUCAACUUAUGAUAUCACAACCAUGAGAAUUUUUUUUAAAAAAAUAGACACUGCUCAUGCCAAACCUUUUUGAGCCAUAGGAUCCAAGCCAUAAAAUUCUUUAUGCAUGUUGAAUCCAGUCGGUAAAAGGCAAGAUUUGCUUUGUUUAAAUUCAGUAACUCAAGGUGAAAUCCUGCCACUGUAUCCAAAAGUGGAUUUAAAAGUAAUUUUUUCCCAGUUUUGGCAGUAACUGAAAUGACUGCUAGUUCCACUUUGAAGAUGCUUUUUGGAUUUGGAAAAAAAAUUUUUUUUCUUUAAAGUUUUUGUAUUGCAGCUGGUAUUUUUUAAGAACUUCAGUAUUGCUCUUGAUGGACAGUAAUAGUUUAAGAGAGAAAUUCAGCUUCAGUGGCAACACCUUUGUUUUUUGGUUAAUUUGUGGCAUUUGGCAAAAAUGUAGAACUCAGUGAUGGUCAUAUGUGUUGGCAGAUGGGUUUUAUUUUGAGCUUUUGACAUUUUUUUGCUUGUACCUAAGCGUAUGAACAUACUGUCAUGUACUUGACCAAAUUCCAGUAAUGUUUUUCCACCAAAAUUCUCCUUCAGUCCUACUUACUAAGAACAUUUGCACUGUGAUUGGCUAGCUAUAACCAUUCUAUUCAUAAUUUAUCUUUUUAAAAUUAGUACUAGUGACACUAAUGGCAACCUAUUUUUUCUGGUCACACAAGUAGGUUAACUAUAUAUCCGUGUGUGUGUGUGUGUGUGUGUGUGUGUGUGUGUCCAGCUUAAUGGCCAUUAAAAGUGAACUUGACUUCCAUGAUGUCACAUGCUAAGAAAUCAUACUUCAUGAUGGAUAUCCCUGACAUGACUGUGAAAACAUUGGUGUCACAGACAGCAAGCACACACCUAUGCAAUAUGGCUUAUCCUAUUCAAUUCAACAUCCAUUUAAAAAGCAUUUGUUGAAUUGAAUCCUAUAUUUAUUUGUAAAAAUUCAAAUGUAGUUUAAAGCCUAGUGUCAUUACUAGUCUUAAAUUUUCUAGGAGGAGCUUUAAUCUUCGUUUAUGAUUAUUUCAGGUAAGUGCUAGUAUGUAGAAGAGCUUAUCAGAGCUUUCUUUUGUUCGUUUAAAAUUUUAUUUUAAAAAGGCAAAAUUAUAUAAUUUUUUUAUUUAAGUUUUUUUUUAACCACAGUGUAAUCACUGAACUUCAUGUGCUGAUUUGAUUUUAUAGGAUUUAGUGUGUCAUAGCUUUAUUAAUCUCAGCAGUUUACAAACCCUACUUUAACUAUGUAAAGUAUUAAAUCUUUAACUUGUACCAGAAUUUUUUAGGAAAAAAAUGACUAAGAUUUUUAGAAAGUAUCCAUUCCUUUCCCUUUCUAAUUCCUUACAAUUAAGCUAAUUUAAAUCCUUAUAAGUUGUUGGUGUCUUCCCCCCUUACCCCCAAUUCUAUUUUUUGAUGUAGACAUAACUGGGGUAAGAUGCAUGUUUGGUAUGCCACAAUGUCAACUUUUAUUAAAUUUGGGUAAUACAUGGUUACAUCCUGAAAGGAAUUCAUGUACAGAGAGAUGGUGAAGCUACAAACUUCAUGUUUAACACAGGACACAGUAUUUAGGGAACUUGUAGUUAUGUGGUCACUAGUUAAGAUUUAUUUAUAUAGCCCUAAGGGUUAUUUAUAAUAAGAAACACUGAGUUUAUGAAGGAUGGGCUCUUUGAUGCCAUAUUGAAAAUAGUGAAUUUUUUUUUUACUUAAACUCAAGGAGUGGGGGGAGGUGGGAAAAGGGUGGUGGUGAAGAACAACCAUUGAAGUCCAAAUUUCCUUUUCCAUUAGCAGUAGUUGCUAGCAGUCUGGAAAAAGACAAAUAUAUACUAAAGUAUUUGGAUCCAUAUGUCUCUUGUUGGGAAAGAAUAUGCAGAACUGUUCAUUUGUCUUAAUUCAUAAUAUAACAGCACAAGAUUUGUCUUAAAGGGAUAUGGUUGUUACAUCUAAGGGGGAUGGUUCACCUGUGUUAUGUUUGCUCUUUACAAUGGUUCUUUUUUUCUGCUAUCCCAAGUUGGCUUUGCAUCCAUCUAUCAGAAUAAAUUAUUCAGCUGCCUUAUUAGGAGUGGUAUGAGGGUAACACCUUUUCUGCUUUUCAUCUUGUAUUUAGUUUACUGUAAUAAAAUAUACUUUAUUUCAGAAUGAAUGGAUGUAAAUAGCAAUUAAAUGCAAAUUUGAAUGAA